GGAAUCUCAAAAAAAAAACAUAAGUCAAAUAUUUUCAAGUUUGUGAAGAUAAUUAAAGCAGAAACUAUCAAUACUAAGUGAAAUCAAGUGCCUUUCAUCAUUUCUAAUAAUAAAAUACUCAUGAAAUGAGUGCAUUCGAGUGUAAUGUAACUCCAACAAGAAUUAGGAAUGCCAGAAAGCGGAAUGAAGACAGAGAACCAACAAUUGUGGAUCUUCGUCCGUUUACUGCAAAAUCUAUCGUGACAUUCGAAGAUGUUCCUGUAACUAAGACUGCUCGUAGAAUUAUCACAAUUAUUAAUCCAUUUCCUGAAGUCCUUAAAAUAACAAUUGUAAAACGACCAAAACCUGAGCAUAAUAUUGCAUUUGAAUGGCUAGAACAUCAAAUUACAGCAGAAGGAAAGAUUGAUUUAGAAGUUGUUUGGAAUCCACUCAAAGCUGUAAGUUGCCGUGAAGUAAUUGAAAUAAGUGACAACUUUGGAAAUAAAAAGAGUAUUGCUGUUAUAUUAAAAUCAUGUGAAAUACAAAAGACAAUGAAAAGAAAAACAGGUCCAGUCGAUUAUAAUAAAAAAUUGAAGCUCAAAGCACCAUCACCGCCUAAAAUCUAUCUCAACCGCCAUUUAUCAACUGUAUCACAUUCCCAUACUGUUCGUCAUGAAUUUAUGGAAAAUUAUAUUGUUGAGGAACAACAGAAAGAUUAUUUGACAGUUCCAAUGUCACCAAAACGUAAGACAAACUCAAUUCUCAAUUCUGUUAAAUCACCGCUUAGAAAUGCAACAAAUAUUCAGCAUUAUGAAGAAGAAACGUACAAUUCACCAAGUCUGAAUACAGGAAAGGAAAAUGGCAAACAUGCGACUCCAACAAAUGCUUCGUCAUUAUUCGAUAGUAUUAAAUUCACACCAUUGACUGAGACAAAGCCAAAAUGUGAGAGUAAAUUGGAGUAUCUUUCAUCCUUACCAACGCCUAUUGCUGUAAAAAGAGAUGAUAUAUUUGUUCCAAAGGACGUUGACACGCGAAAUCAAGCAAUUUCUCCAGAUAUGUUAAGAAAUAUUGCAACAUCUCAAAAAGUCAUUGAUGAUACACCAAAACGUCAUUUACCUGUAAAACAAAAUAGUUUACCAACAAAAUUAGUCCUUGAUGAUGAGAUUGAUGAGCACUUAACAUACAUAAAAGGUCCAAGUGUAGAAGAGAUUGAUGAAAUUGAAAUAAUCUUAACGCCAACUUUGUCAACGCCUGAUAAUGAAGACUUUCAAACGCCCGAAUGUAAUGAGUUCUUUCCAGAAGGUUUAAAAUUACAAGCAACAUUCAAAAUCAAUAAAUCUCGAUCCUUUAAUGAUAACUUUGGAUCUGAAACAUUUGAAUGUCAACAUCCCGACAGAAUUUUAUCAGAAUCAAUGAACGAACAAGUUGAGAUGCCAACACAAUCAGAAAUAGAAAAGCUAAAAGCUAAUCAAGGAUCAAUGCCAAAUUUAAAUGACAUAAAUGUUCGUCACAUUGAGCAUAAUCGGUAUUUUAAUCAGGAAAGAAAUCAAAAUUUAUCAAUGGAAAGUGUCAUAAGCAAUACUGACUUUAAGGAACUAGAAACAUGUGCACAAUCAUCAAGAUUAAAUUUAAAUGAAAUUGGAAAACCACCAAAGAGCUCAUCACCUGUUUUACAAAAACAACAAAAGAAAGCUGAAAGUCCAUUAAAAUUUGAUCAAAAAAAGAAAUUCAUUUCGCCAGCAAAGUAUCAGCGUGAGAAAAUGCAAUCAUCACCGACAAUACAAAGAAUUAAGGAAGAACAAGAACUGGAAAGUACAAAUACACAAAUUAAAAAGAAAGUUAUGACAUUUUCACCUCCACGAACCAAACUUUCUGAUAUAAAUCCAAGAGAGACAUUCUUUAUAUCAUCAAAUUCUAAUGGUCGUGACAUCAGGGCAACAACUUGGAAGCAGCAACAGAAUCAACAGAUGUUUGCAGUUCCAAAACUUCCAGCAUCUCGUGAAUUUAGCCAUAAGUCAAUUGGUUCAACAAUUUCACAAUCUUUAACAUCAUUAUCGUCUAGUGUUACCUCAUUAUCAUCGACAUGCUCAAUGCCAGUUAGUUCUGGUAAAUUAUACAAUGAGAACUUCAUAAAUGCUUAUAAACAAAAAGAUCCAUUUUGUGCAACAACAACAGAAGAUCCAUUUUUAACAUCCUCAAUGUAUUUAGAUGAACUUACGCUUGAUCGAAUAGAAAAGUCAUUUAAAAAGUGGUUGAAUGCUUUAGUUACAAUUCCUCCAGAUUUAGAGACGGAUAGAAAUGAGAAAGUUGAUGUUGCUAAAUUGUUCAAUGAUGUUCAGAAUAAGGAAUUAACUUUGGCACCAACAAAAGAACUCGUUUGCUCACAAUAUUACACUGCACGUUUAGAUCAAUUACGCUCGAUGGCUGUUCGAUUCUUUCAUUCUGAGGAAAUAUCCAUACCAUUAAAUAAACUUGCUGUAAUUAUUAAUGAAAAGAAAUUGUUGGAAGUCCAUUCUGCUCGAAAUAUUCAUUUGGACAUGGUGCUACAAAGAAGCUUAUUGGAACUGAUUUUAUGCUUUAAUCCAUUGUGGCUUCGUAUAGGCUUGGAAGUUGUCUUUAAUGUCCAAUUGAAUUUGCAUUCAAAUCAGGAUAUUUUGGGUAUGAGCAGGUUCAUAAUCACGCAUAUGUUCAAGUCACCGUAUUUACAACAGAAAUAUUCAAAAUAUAGUCAACAACAGGAAUUGCUUGAUAAAUUAAAGAAACAUACAGCUAAGCACUUCCUUUUCCUUAUAUUCUUUUUGGAUCAUGCAAAGGAACAUCGAUUAAUUAAGCAGAAUCCAUGUCUGUUCAUUAAAUCAGCUCCUUACAAAGAAACUGCAGAAAUAUUGAAGAAAUUUGCAUCACUAGUCUUGGCCAAUUAUGGAGAUAUUGUGAGGAUGCUUAAACGUCUCGAUUUUACUCUAUCACAUAAACAAACAGUCAUUGAUGAAUAUGAUUUUGCAUUCAAGAAUUUGGCUAUUGAUUUACGUGAUGGUGUUCGUCUUACAAAAGUCAUGGAAGUUAUACUGCUUAGGGAUGAUUUGGUUAAGAGAGUUCGUGUGCCAGCAAUCUCGAGACUUCAAAAAGUCCAUAACGUUGAACUGGCGUUGAAAGCUCUAGAAUCAGCUGAGUACAAGAUUCUCGGAAAUAUCACUGCAAAGGAUAUUGCUGAUGGACAUCGUGAGAAAACUUUAUCAUUAUUAUGGCAGAUUAUCUACAAGUUUAGAGCUCCAAGAUUUAAUGCUGCAGCGAAGACAAUUCAAAAGUUUUGGCGAAGUAAAUGGCUGAAGAUUGUUAUUGAAAGAAGAAUAAGGAUGAAGGAGGAAGAAAAACUUAACAAUGCAGCUAUUGUUAUACAAAAGUAUUUCCGUGGAUGGAGAGCUCGUCAAUCUGCAAAAGAAUACCGUGUACGAAUAAUAAAUUCCUGCAUAAUCAUUCAAAAACAUUGUCGGGGAUAUUUAGCCAGAAAACAAUACAAAUUGACACAAAAAUCAAUAAAAUUUGUCCAAAAGCGAUAUCGCCUUAUUAAGUACACCAAAUCAGUUCGUCGAGUCUUUAUUGAGACGAAAGUAUCAACUGUAAAAAUUCAAAUUUGGUGGCGAAGACAAAUUUUAAUUAAGAAAAUUCAAGCCUCAGCUAUAGUUAUUGAACAGAUUCAGAAGGAAGUUAGAGAUAAGGGUUAUCAGGCAGCAUUAAAAAUACAAAAAUAUUGGAAAGGUUACGAACAAAUGAAAAAGGAAAGAAUUAAUUUCUUGAAAUUGAAGGAAAUGACAUUAAAAAUGCAAAAUUUGUAUCGUGGAAAGCUCCAAAUGCGCAAAGACAUGCAAAUGCUUACAAAUCAAAGAAAUUCAGUUAUUAGAAUUCAACAAAUUUGGAGAGCAACACUUGAAAUGAGGAAGCAACAAACAAAAUACAAGAAAGAUGUUGAAAAAGUCAUUUUCAUACAAAGAAAAGUCCGUGCAAUUCAGGCAAUGAGAAAGGAACGAGAAAAUUAUACAAAUACAAGAAAUUCAAUCAUUGCGAUACAAAAAUAUUGGAAAGGCUAUAGACAAAUGAAGGAACAAAGAACGAACUUCCUCGAAUUAAGGAUAGCAGCAAUAAUUUUCCAAAACACUUAUCGAGCACAAGUAGCAAUGAGAAUUCAACGUCAAAAAUACCUCAAACAAAAGAAGUCAGCAAUAGUCAUACAGAGAUUUUGGAGAUCGCGUCAAGUCACGAAACAAGAGCGCACUAAUUUCGUAGAACUGAAAGAAAAUGUGAUAAAAGUUCAGAACAGAUUCCGAGCUAAUUUAAUGAUGCGUGAAUGCCGCAAAGAGUUUCUUUAUAUUCGUCAAGAAAUUAUUAAAAUUCAAAAAUAUUGGCGAUGCACGAUUGAAACGCGUAAGCAGAGAAUUGAGUAUCAAAAAGUUGUCAGUACGAUUGUGUUCGUUCAGAAGUUUUAUCGUUCAAAAUUAUUGACAAAAUCGAUACAAAAAGAGUUUUUGGAGACUAGAAAUUCAGCAAUUACAAUUCAAAAGUAUUUCCGUGGAUAUAUGAAGAUGAAGGAAGACCAAAAAAACUUUUUAGAUAUAAAAACAGCUGCAUCUGCUUUACAGAAGCAUUAUAGAGCACGGCUGGAAAUGAAAAUUCAACGCACAAUGUUCUUAAAACAAAAAGAAUCGGCAAUAAAGAUACAAAAAUAUUGGAGAAGCUACUUGGAAAUGCGUAAACAGCGAUUCGAGUUCAUGACAUUGAGAGAAUGUGUGACAAAAAUUCAGCUUAAAUUUAGAGGAUAUCUAAUGAUGCGUAAAAUUCAACAAGAUUAUUUACAUAAACGUACUGCGAUAAUUAAUAUUCAGCAAUAUUGGCGUGCCACAUUAGAUAUGAGGAAGCAGCGUCAAUUAUAUAGAAAUGAUAUAAAUUCGAUAAUUUUUGUGCAGCAUAGAUUCCGUGCUAAUCGAGCAAUGAAGAAGGAUCGAACUCAAUUUUUGAUUGAAAAGAAAUCAGCAAUUAAGAUUCAGACUUUCUAUCGUAGCUAUAUAAAUAUGAAGGAACAGAAGUCAAAAUUCUUGGUAUUAAAGUCUGCAGCAAUUUCAAUUCAAAAGCAUUAUCGAGCACGAUUAGCAAUGAAAGCGCAAAGACGAAAAUUCCUAAAGCAAAAGGAAUCUGCAAUAAAAAUUCAAAGAUUUUGGAGAGGAAGACUGCUUAUGAAACAGCAUAAAUCGCACUACAUUCGUGAAAUCAGCCUGAUCAAAAUGAUGCAAGUAAGAUAUCGAAGUAAAUUGAGAAUGCGAGAAAUUCGCAAAGAAUUCUUACAAAAACGUACUGCCAUAAUAAAUGUUCAAAGACAUUGGCGUGGAUUAUUAGAAAUGCGUAAACAGAGAGAUGAGUAUAAGAAUGCUGUCAGUCGUAUAAUUUGGAUGCAGAGGAAAUUCCGUGCUAAUCAAGCAAUGCAGCAAGCUGUUUUAGAGUUUAAGAAGCAAAAAUGUGCCAUAAUUAAGAUCCAGAAAUGGUUCAGGUCUUGCCAGGAAAUGAUUAAAGUUCGAAAUGAAUUUUUGACACUAAAAAAGACAGUUUUGGUGAUAGAAAAUCGAAUAAUUGCCAAUAAAUUGAAGAAAAUUGAGCAGCAAAAAUUCAGCAAACUUAAAAAUGAAACAAUUUACGUUCAACGUCGAUUCCGUUCGAAGAUUGAAACUCGCAAAAUCCAUCAACAAUUUAUCAAGUCAAGAGAAAUGAUUGUUAAGAUUCAGACACAUGCGAGAGGAUAUUUGGCACGAAAGCGAUUCCAAGAGAUGAAAACACCUGAAAGAAUCGAAGAAAGAAGAAGACAAAAGUCAGCACGAACAAUACAGGCAGCAUAUCGUGGAUACAAGGAAAGAAGCAAGAAGAGCAAUAAAUGUUUUGUUGCCAUUGUUCAGAGAUUGAUGAAAGUCAGUAAAAAUGUCGAUCCAACACAAACGCUUGCUGCAAAGCUAAAAGUAUCUAUUGAUUUCCUCAAAUAUCGAUAUGACUCGAGCUUAGCUAUCACAGCUCUUGCAAAAUUGGAAUAUAUGGCGCGAACAGUUCCUUGGAUAUUGAAUGAUGAUGCUGAAUUCAUUUCUGCAUUUUGUAUGGGUAUUAUGGGUCAAGCUAUUCGAUCUGAGGUUGAUAAACAAAUUAUUGAGCUGUGCAGUUGUAUCAUAUUGAAUUUAGGACGAUAUCAUGCAACAAAAGAAGAUGCUUUUCAGGAAAGUGGUCUUAUUACUAUUGCACAAAUGUUGCUUCGAUGGUGCGAUAAAGACUGUGGAAUCUUCAACACACUCUGUACACUAAUUUGGGUGUUUGCUCAUUGCAAGAAAAAGAAGAGGAUUAUACGUAACUUUAUGAUGAUGAAGGAUGGCGAAUACAUAAUGAGUCAAAUUAAACAAAAUGUAUUACGCAAAGAGAACAUGAGAAAGAACUCUCGACGUCCAAUUGGAUUCCAAUCGAUCUCUCUUAUCAAGUACAAGAAAGAUUAUCAAUUGCAAUUACGUCAUCAGCCAACGGUUUAUAGUUCAGGCUUUAUUACAGCUGAAAUGUUAAAACAAUGUCGUCAACUUCCGUCACUUGAGCCUGAUUAUGGCGUCGUAAGAAUGCAUCCAUACAUUUUUUACUCGUCUGUAUUUGCGUUCGAUUGCGUCCUCGCUGCAUUGGAUAUUACUAAUGUGAAGUAACAGUCUCUUAGCAGUUUAUCCUUACUUAUACUAUAUUUUUUUUUAUUAUUAUUAUUAUUAUUAUAUCCUUAAAGAAAUCAUUAAUUAUUCAGAUUUAGAUUACAAGUUGUUGCUUUUCACUUUAACUAUAUAUAUAUUUUUUUAUGUAUUUGUGCAACUCGUUCACAGAAAUAAUAAUAACGAAAGAUUAAUAAUAAUAAAAAAAUAUUUGAGAUUUAAUCCUUUAACAA